AUGGCUUCCUUACACUACAAAGCUUUAGACUCCAUCUCUGUAUCAGAUAUCGAAGCUCUUGGGAUUUCCUCAUCAACAGCAAACAAACUUUACGAAGAUAUAUCUGAAAUCAUCGCUACUUGUGGCCCUGCCUCUCCUCAAACAUGGACUCACAUCUCCAAACGUCUACUUCACCCUCAUCUUCCUUUCUCCUUCCAUCAGAUGAUGUAUUACGGCUGCUUCAAGGACUUUGGCCCCGACCCGCCUGCUUGGUCUCCCGACCCGGAGACUGCAAUGCUGACAAAUGUGGGCCAGCUCUUAGAGAGGCUUGGAAAAGAGUUUUUGGGUUCUAGAUACAAGGAUCCCAUAUCAAGUUUCUCUCAGUUUCAAGAAUUUUCAGUUUUGAACCCUGAGGUGUAUUGGAAAACUGUACUUGAUGAAAUAGGUAUAUCAUUUUUGGUUCCUCCCCAAUGUAUUUUAAUCGAGAAUCCGUCUAGAGAAAGUUCCUUGGCAAACCCAGGUGGUCAAUGGCUUCCUGGAGCAUACGUAAAUCCUGCAAAAAAUUGUUUGACUGUGAAUUGUAAGAGAACUCUGGAUGAUGUUGUAAUAAGAUGGCGUGGUGAAGGAAAUGAUGAUUUGCCUGUAAGCAGUAUGACACUCAAGGAAUUACGUUCAGAGGUUUGGUUAGUUGCAUAUGCACUCAAUGCUCUUGGUUUGGACAGAGGAUCUGCAAUUGCAAUUGAUAUGCCAAUGAAUGUGAAGUCUGUAAUUAUCUACCUUGCUAUUGUUCUGGCAGGACAUGUAGUUGUAUCUAUUGCUGAUAGCUUUGCUCCGCUUGAAAUAUCAACAAGGCUUAAAAUUUCAGAAGCAAAAGCCAUAUUUACUCAGGAUCUUAUAAUUCGUGGUGAUAAAAGUAUUCCAUUGUACAGUCGAGUUGUGGAUGCUCAAGCACCAAUGGCAAUUGUCAUUCCUGCCAAAGGCUCUAGCUUCAGCAUGAACUUGCGUGAUGGUGACAUUUCUUGGCAUAAUUUCCUAGAAAAAGCAACGGAUUUAAGAGGAGCUGAAUUUCCAGCCGUUGAACAACCAGUAGAAGCAUUUACAAAUAUCCUUUUUUCAUCUGGAACUACAGGGGAGCCAAAAGCAAUUCCAUGGACCCACGUGACUCCUUUGAAAGCUGCUGCUGAUGCAUGGUGCCACAUGGAUAUCCGCAAAGGUGAUAUUGUUGCUUGGCCAACUAACCUUGGGUGGAUGAUGGGUCCUUGGCUAGUGUAUGCUUCAUUAUUAAAUGGGGCGUCCAUUGCUUUGUAUAAUGGAUCCCCUCUUGGUCCUGGCUUUGCCAAGUUUGUACAGAAUUUUCCAGAGAAUGUUUUGAAAUACAUAGGAUUUGAAAAGGAUGCUAAAGUGACAAUGCUUGGUGUGAUCCCAAGUAUGGUCCGGACAUGGAAAAGUGCAAACUCUGCAUCAAGCUAUAAUUGGUCUGCCAUUCGUUGCUUUGCCUCCACCGGUGAAGCAUCAAGUGUAGAUGAGUACCUAUGGUUGAUGGGGAGAGCUCAGUACAAACCUAUUAUCGAAUAUUGUGGCGGCACAGAGAUUGGUGGUGGAUUUGUUUCAGGGUCCUUGUUGCAGCCUCAAUCACUGGCUGCUUUUAGCACUCCAGCAAUGGGAUGCAGCUUGUUUAUUCUUGGUGAUGACGGUCGUCCCAUACCAGAAAAUGUACCAGGAUUGGGUGAACUGGCACUUGGGCCUCUCAUGUUUGGAGCUUCAAGUACACUGCUGAAUGCUGACCAUUACAAUGUUUAUUUUAAGGGAAUGCCCGUUUGGAACGGAAAAAUUCUUCGAAGGCAUGGGGAUGUUUUUGAGCGUACUUCUAAAGGUUAUUAUCAUGCACAUGGACGUGCAGAUGAUACAAUGAAUCUUGGGGGUAUCAAGGUUAGCUCUGUUGAGAUAGAACGCAUAUGUAAUGCAGUUGAUAACAAUGUCCUGGAGACAGCUGCCAUUGGUGUGCCCCCUCCUCAAGGUGGACCUGAGAAAUUGGUAAUUGCCGUUGUAUUCAAGGAUUCAGAUGACUCGUCUGUUGACUUGGAUAAGUUGAGGAUUUCUUUCAAUUCAGCAGUGCAAAAGAAACUAAAUCCUCUGUUCAGGAUAUCUCAUGUUGUGCCCUUUUCUUCUCUUCCAAGGACUGCAUCAAACAAGGUCAUGAGAAGGGUUUUGCGGCAGCAAAUUUCUGAGCAGGACAAAAUCUCUAAACUAUAA